AUGGUCACCCAGCUUCUUGAUGGUGUCGUGGCUGUCGGACAGGAAGUGCUGCUCUAGGAAGUCACACAGCUAAAGAGGAAGUAAAGUUGUAUUGUCAUGACCGGGUUACAACAGACAGCACAGCAUUGAGAUAGAUGCAUACUGCAGCGGAGGCCACAUGCUUUCUGCAGAUCUGCCAAGCACACCUCUGCCAGCUUCUCCCCGUGCUGACCACAGAUGGACAGUACCCAUUAGAGCUGCUGUUGAUGGGUUCCUGGCCAAGCACCAAAGGCAGACAGGCAUCCUGAAGCGAGUGGAUGGGACAUACAACUCUGCCAUCAGCUCUACCACCAGUAUCAUGACUCAUUAGCUGCUACAGCUAAACAAAUGUACUAAUGUGUAUUGCACCAUAUAGUAUUGUUUUUUCCCCUAUACAAGAUCUAGGGCGACUGUCUCAGUGGUUGGGUAAGCUUCUUCCUGGUUGUCCCGGUCCGUUCAGCACCAGUGUCUCCCAACCCCACCGUCUCGGGAUAGGGUCGGCUUUUCUUUUCUGGUGUACUGUGUGUUCUUAGGCAUGCUCCCACUAAUCUCGCUCUCUCUCCCCUCCCGGAUGACCUGAGCCCCUGGUCGUGCUGCAGAUUCCGUGCUGCUGGUCCAACUGCAGCUGUGGACCCCUGACCUGAUUUCAUCAUGUCUAUGUGCUACCUUGUCCCGGACCCCUGCUGAUUGAGCUAAGCCAGUGUCAAUCAUCUGUACUACCAACUGCUACACCUACAAUCCCACCUACAACCCCUAAACCACCUCCCGAGGAUGUAAAACAUGUCACUGUGACAGGGCAAAAUGAGUCCAGUGUAACUCUGGAGUGGAUGAAGGAUAUGAGGUACACUUAUGAACUGAAGUUCCAAAAUGGGACAUCAUUGAUAAACACCACUGCAACAAAUAAUGUACUAGAGACACAGACAGUCUCCUCUCUCACUGCUGGGACAGAAUACAACUUCACUCUCUUCAGUGUAGAAGGGAGUGACAGGAGCAGUGGAUUAAACUUUACAGCUGAUACUGCUCCCACCAACGUAGCUCAGGUCAAUGUGACAGGGCAAGAUGAGACUAAUGUAACUCUGCAGUGGAACAAAGUGAAUGGGAACGGGAUCACUUAUGAGCUGAGGUUCAGCAAUGGGACUAAUACGACCAUCCCUGUAUCUGAUGUAGAUGGACCAGUGACAUACACAGUCUCACCUCUCAAUGCUGGGACAAAUUACCACCUCCUUCUCUUCACUGUGUUCAAAGUAGUACCAAGCAAGGGAUACAAUUUCUCCGCCAUCACCCGUCCCCUCAGUGUAGGUGGUGUCAAUGUGACAGGGCAAACUGAGACCAGUAUAACUUUGGAGUGGAGCAAAGUGAAUGGCACAGGGAUCACUUAUGAGCUGCUGAACAACACCCUUAGGACUAAUACUAUCAUCCCUGCACCUGAUGAAAGUGGAACUGUGACACACAUAGUUUCACCUCUCACUGCUGGGAGAAAAUACGAGUUCACACUCUUCUCUGUGUUUGAAGAUGUCAGGAGUACUGUUGGAAGUCAAUUUUCUGCAGUCACUGCUCCCCUUAAUGUUGAGGCUGUCACAGUAACAGAUACACACCGAAAUGAGACCAGUGUAACUCUGGAGUGGAAAAAGCCGGCGAACGGAGUCUCUGGUUAUGUGCUGCAUUUCGACGAUAAUGGAAAUAAAGACAUUGAUAAUUUAGGAGAAACAGUGACAGAUCAAGUUUCAACUCUCGUUCCUGGGAAACGAUAUGCCUUCACCCUCUUCACUGUGUUUGAAGGCAUCAAGAGCAGUGGAGCAAGCGACUUCACAGUCACAAAGAUAUUUUGCUCUGCUUUAUCCUGGGAGGUCACCAGCUCAUCCAUUCAGACUGGGCUCCUGUCCGAGAUAGUCUCCUAUGGAGAAGCCAAUAAUGGCAGUCACACUGGAGUCGUCCAUAACGUUAAUGGCAAACUAUCAUUCACUGACCUUUACCCUGGCGCAAAAUACACGCUGACUCUUUGGUUUGAAAAGGAUUCUAAAAAACUUUCCUUGUGUAAACAGGUGGAGACUGUGGUUCCCCCAGCCCUGAUAAGACCGAGAUGUGACUAUUUAUCCAGUGGCUACGCUUUCUCUCUGGCCUGGGAUGUACCGGUGGGAAUAUGGACCAGUGUGGAGGUGAAUGUGACUGGGAAAAGCCCUCAGAGGGUGGAGGGAGAGUGGGUGAUGAAGGCGGACAUCGAUGGGGUUCAACCUGCCCAGACCUAUCAAGUGUCUUUGGCCUCAAUCUCUGGGCAUCGGAUGAGUAAGGCUGUCUCUUUCAGCUGUAAUACAGACCCAAGAGGGGUCAUUGCAGGGUCAGUCAUGGCUGUGCUGCUACUCUGCCUCCUGGUUUGUCUGGCUUUCUUCAUGUGGCGUCGGAAGCCAGAAAUAUUCAGCCGGCCCAAGUUGUUGUUUGUGGAUUCCAAACUAACCAGCAAUAAAUUCAAAGCUAUUCCCACGGGGAAGUUUUCAGACCACUACCACACAAUGAGCGCCGACACGAACAGAGGAUUCAGUGAGGAGUAUGAGGGCUUCAUCCCUGUUGGCACAGAGCAGACUCAAAAAGCAGCCCUUCUGGAGGAGAACAAAAACAAGAACCGUUUCACCAAUGUACUGCCAUAUGACUGGUGUCGGGUGAAGCUAACCAUCCUAAACCACAACAUGAGCUCUGACUACGUAAAUGCCAAUUACAUGCCAGGCUACAGUAACAGCAGACAGUACAUCGCUGCACAGGGUCCCCUGCCCACCACCGUCAACGACUUCUGGAGAAUGAUCUGGGAGCAAAGGGUAAAGGGUGUGGUCAUGGUAACCAACUGCACCGAAGGAGGGAGGACUAAAUGUGAGCAGUACUGGCCUUCGGACUACACCCCUUGCCUGUACGGAGACCUGUUGGUAACAGUCAGGUCAGAGAAAAGGGUAACCAACUGGACCCUGCGGGAGUUUGUAGUGAAAAGUAGGGACACAUCCGAGGAGCACCCUGUGAAACACUUCCACUUCACGGCCUGGCCCGACCACGGAGUCCCAGAGGGAACGGAGGCUCUGAUCCAGUUCAGAGGGCUGGUCCGACAGCACAUAGAGAGCCAAGAGAACAGCGGACCCACUGUGGUGCACUGCAGUGCUGGGGUGGGGAGGACGGGCACCAUCAUUGCUCUGGACGUGAUGCUACAACAGCUGGAGAGGGAGAAGGCGGUGGGAAUCGCUGCCUUUGUGCACAAGAUGAGGCUGAGCCGGCCGCUCAUGGUUCAGACGGAGUCGCAGUAUGUUUUCCUGCACCAAUGCAUCAUGGAUUCUCUGGAGCCCAAAGAGAAGAUGAUACAAGAAUCCCUUUAUGAGAACUCGGACCUGAUCUACGCCAACGCCACAGCACUGAGGGAGUUCCAAGCUGCCAAUCCAAAGGCCUGAAGAUAAGGCCAUGGAUUGUCUGCUGUGAGUUCGUUUUUUUUUCAAUCACUUUGGCACAUUUUUCAGAUGGAAAUGGUACAUUUGAAAAACUCUCUAAGUACAAAAUUCUAAACUGAUAACACUUGUAAUGCCCCUUACUUAAGCAAUAAUGCUUGAGGAAGUGUGCUAUAUGGCCAAUAUACCACGGCUAAGGGCUGUUCUUAGGCAAGACGCAUCGCGGAGUGCCUGGACACAGCCCUUAGCAGUGGUAUAUUGGCCAUAUAUCACAAACCCCCGAGGUGCCUUAUUGCUAUUAUAAACUGGUUACCAAUGUAAUUAGAGCAGUAAAAAUAAAUAUUUUGUCAUACUUGUAGUAUACGGUCUGAUAUACCAUGGCUGUCAGCCAAUCAGCAUUCAGGGCUCGAACCACCCAGUUUCUAAUAAACUAUAAUUCCAAAUGGUAGCGCAUAGUGACUCUUUCCACUUUGUCCUAUUGAAGCACACAGGCUGAUGGAGGAUGAUGAUGAAGUAUUUACAGCCACAUCCAUGUAUGAUUUGUUUUUACCUUCCAACAUAAAUUCAUACAUUUAUGAGAUAAAAAUAUAGAAAUGUAGUGUUCAGCAGUUAUCAAACUAUACAUGUUAACUAGUUCACUGGUUCGAAUCCCUAAACCGACUAGGUGAAAAAUCUGUACAAGGUGCACCUGUGUAAUGAUCAUGCUGUUUCAUCAGCUUCUUGAUAUGCCACACCUGUCAGGUGGAUGGAUUAUCUUGGCAAAGGAGAAACACUCACUCACUUGAGAGAAAUAAGACUUUUGUGCGUAUGGAAAAUGUGUAGGAUUUCUUUUUCAGCUCACAUGGGACGAACACUUCACAUGUUUAGAUUUUUGUUCAAUGUAGAUUGAAUAGGUAUCCAAAUUGAAAGAAUGAUUUGGUGCAGUGAACAAGUGACUGAAUUUGUUUGUUGUAAUCAGUCAAUUGAAAAUGUUAAGAUUUGAAUCAUGAGCUUUUUUGAUGACCUGUUUUGAGUUGUGAAAAUGUACCACAUUCUUGUGAAAAUUGCACCUAUGUGAUUGACUUAAACAAAAAGUUUAAUUUUGUAAUUUCUUCUGUAUGUUGAGAUUUUUAUUUAAAUAUAUUCACAUGUACAUAAUGUUUAAGCAUAUAUUGCAUGUAAUCAUUCACUGGCUAUGUUCAGGAGAAUUCAGCACACUUCACAUUCAUGUAGGUACUUUUUUUAAAAUCAUUGUGUUAGAAUACUCAAUGCUGCUUGUGUUUUCAAUAAAUGUCCAUUUUAGCCUAUCAAUUUCUAAAUCGCAAUUCAAAUGAUCCAUGGAGGAUUAGAUUUUUACUUGGCAUGUAUUGACAAUGUAUAAAAACAUGUAAAUAGAUAAACCCAUAGUAUUGUCAUUUGGUUUUCAUGUAUCACAAAGCGUGAUAAAAUAAAAUAUUUUUUUUGUCAA